GGUGACCUUUAGUGACCUGAAAGACGCCCAUAAAUAAAAUGUAUUAUUAUUAUUGUUGUUAUUUGUUUUUGUGAGUGUUUUUCUGGGACUGUGAACGUCUCAGAUCAAUUCAAGGAGCACCUGAAGGUUUUUAAUUUGUGUGUGAUUUGCACUAGUCUGGACUUCAGCAUCUCUCAAAGUCUGAGUCUCAAACGCUCAGCUCUUCUGAGUGGGAUGAGAUUGACCCGUCUGAGCGAGACGACCUGAACCAGAUGGAAGACGGCGAGUUUUGGAUGUCCUUCAGAGAGUUCACCAGGCAGUUCUCCCGGCUGGAGAUCUGCAACCUGAGUCCUGACGCUCUGAGUGAGGACAGCAUGAGUCACUGGAACACCAUCAAGUUCUACGGCACGUGGAGGAAAGGCAGCACGGCCGGAGGCUGCAGGAACCACCCCAACACAUACUGGAUCAACCCGCAGUAUAAGAUCACGCUGCUGGAGGAGGACGAUGACCCGGAGGAUGACGAGGUUGCGUGCAGUUUUUUGGUGGCUCUGAUGCAGAAGGACCGACGCAGGUACCGACGCCAGGGUCAGGACAUGCACACCAUUGGCUUUGCUGUGUAUGAGAUUCCAGAAGAGUACAGAGGCUGUCAGAACGUCCACCUGAAGAAGAACUUCUUCCUGUCCAACUCCUCGUGCGCUCGCUCAGAGACUUUCAUCAACCUGCGGGAGGUGAGCACGCGGCUUCGUCUUCCUCCGGGAGAGUACCUCAUCGUGCCCUCCACCUUCGAGCCCGGCAAGGAGGCCGACUUUGUGCUCCGAGUCUUCACUGAGAAGCAAUCAGAGACAGAAGAGCUGGAUGAUCAAAUCUCUGCAGAUUUAGAAGAUGAGGAAGAAAUAACUGAAGACGACAUCGAUGACUCUUUCAAGUCGAUGUUCGCUCAGCUAGCAGGAGAGGACAUGGAGAUUUCCAUCCGGGAGCUGAAGACCAUUCUGAACCGAGUCGUCACCAGGCACAAAGAUCUGAAGACGGACGGCUUCAGCACAGAAUCCUGCCGCACCAUGGUCAACCUGAUGGACAAAGAUGGAAGCGCCCGGUUAGGACUCGUGGAGUUUCAGCUCCUCUGGAACAAAAUCCGAAAGUGGCUGGUCAUCUUCAGACAGUUCGACCUCGACAAGUCUGGAGCCAUGAGCUCGUAUGAGAUGCGUCUGGCUGUGGAAGCAGCAGGUUUUAAACUCAACAACAGACUGAACCAGGUUCUGGUGGCCCGGUACGCAGACAACGAGCUGAUCGACUUCGACAACUUCAUCUGCUGCCUGGUGAAGCUGGAGGCCAUGUUCAGGUCUUUCCGUCAGUUUGAUAAGGAGGGAGCAGGGGAAGCUGAGAUGAACAUAACAGAGUGGCUGUACCUCACCAUGUGUGGUUGAAGACGCCCGUGUUCCCUGAAGGAGGGUUUGGAAACUGCUGCUGCUGUGUUCCUGUCGACCCCCUCGGCCUUCCAGAGCUGCUGACCCCCUUAACACUUCCCACCUCAGCGUACCUAGAAUAGCCAAACGACUAACAGAGAGAGGAGUCUCCCAGACCAGUUUUUUAAACUAUGCAAACCUCCAACAUGAAGUAUGAAGAUGAAGAUGAAGCGGUCGCCGUGCCACACAAACCUGUCAUCUCUGCAAGCAGCAUGGGUCUGUGCAUGACAACAAUCAUUAGCUGUGAUCAGCUUUUAAUUUGAUAUUUGAUAUUUGAAUUUAGCAUCAUGUGAAUGUCCAGAGCAUACUAACAUUAAUCCCUGUUUAUUAGUUUUAAAUUGAAGGACAACAGAACACAGAGGAAGUGAGAGCGUCGACAGAGAAGGUCUCAUCCUGCUCUCAUGUUUCCUGACAUUAGGACGAGUUCAGAACUGAUCCCCUCAGUGUUGAUUGGUGUUUCCAUGUCUUCACCACUAGGUGGCAGCACAGACUGUCAGUGAUGUUUUAUUUCCUGACCUUUGUUACAGUUUUCUCUGUUCAUACAAUCAGUCGUCUUCAGUCCAUGACACUGAAGUCAAGCAGCUGAACUUUUAGUUGUAUUGAUCUUUUUUUUUACUUUGCACUAAGACUUUAGUUGAAGAAGUUCCAGAGUUAAACACUGUACGUCCACUCCAGAGACAUUCACAGGGAUCACAUGACACUGAAAGCCUUAUACAUGAAUCCAUGUCAUACAGCAGUUAUGAGAAUGUGCCAGUCAUGUGUCUUGUGUUGUGAACGUAUGUCGUGCCUUUAAUAAAUAUGUCCCUCACUCA